AUGGUCAUUACAGGGCUCCCGGCCGUGCAGCCACGGCUGGUGGCUGUCAGCAAGACGAAGCCGGCAGAGAUGGUGAUCGACGCCUACAGCCACGGGCAGCGCAGCUUCGGGGAGAACUAUGUUCAAGAGUUGCUAGAAAAGGCAUCAGACUCCAGGAUUCUGUCGUCUUGUCCGGAGAUAAAGUGGCAUUUUAUUGGCCAUCUGCAGAAAAACAACGUCAACAAGUUGAUUGCUGUCCCUAACCUGUUCAUGUUGGAAACGGUGGAUUCGGUGAAACUGGCAGACAGAGUCAACAGCUCGUGGCAGAAAAAAGGGUCAUCUCAGAAGCUGAAGGUCAUGGUGCAAGUUAACACGAGUGGAGAAGACAGUAAGCAUGGCCUUCCUCCCGGAGACACCACAGCUGCUGUGGAGCAUGUCAUCAACAAGUGUCCAAGCCUGGAAUUUGUGGGGCUGAUGACAAUCGGCAGCAUUGGGCAUGACCUUAGUAAGGGGCCAAAUCCGGACUUUCAGAUGCUGCUAUCUUUACGGCAGGAAGUGUGUGAAAAGCUGAAUCUCCCCGUUGAGAAGGUGGAGCUGAGCAUGGGCAUGUCCACAGACUUCCAGCACGCAAUAGAGGUUGGAUCCACAAACGUCAGGAUUGGAAGCACUAUUUUUGGAGAGCGAGAUUAUUCCAACAAAGCAGUUGGUGGCAAGGCCCCUGCUGAAGCUAAAGGCGAAACGGAGACCUUGACAGUGCAGGGUCAUUAGAUGGAAAAAAAAAAAAGCGGCCUCAACAGAGGAUGGAUGAUGGGAGACCUCACUAUGCAUUCUUACCUCCCUCUGUGUCGGCACCCGAUCAUGAUGGUGAGAGGGAAUUCCUCGUAACAGAACAGAGGCCAGAAAUGCCUCAUAAUUUAUUGUGAUUAUAGAGUACCCAUAGAAACUGGAAAUUUUUAUAACCAACAAACAAUAAGAAAAUGUAUGGUUGAAAGUGACUGUGGUAUCUUGGCUCCUUCAGGGUCAUUAAGAAGAGUGACUUUUGGAUAACUAGGUUGAACAAACCAAAUAUUUGUCAGGAUGGAGUUGCUAAUGAGCAAGAUGUAUCUGCAGCAGUGUCAGUGAUUAUGCUUUCACUGAGGACUAAAUUCUUCAUUAAAUAAGUUAUAAUCUUG